UUAUCCGUUUAUCAAGAAACAGAUAAGAUUAUAAGUGAACAAUAUAAACUGUAACCCCGAUCCACUGAUAGUUUACAAUACAUUUUUGUGAUCGAAGAAGGAAAUUAUUGCGCAAUAAGGAAACGAAACAGUGGAUUUUGCUCAAAACGGAAAAGGACAGGAUUUCAAGAAGCAGUUGUUCUAUACGCGCAUCGUUUUGCACCCAAGAAGUAGCUUUUGUUUCUGCAGCACCUUCUAAGGGAUAAAUCUAACAAAAUGAGCUAUCCUCCUCCUUAUGGACCUCCUCCACCGCCGUAUUACGGCCCAGGAUGGCGUCCACCCCAGCCAAGUCUCUCUGGAACCAGUUCAUCGCAACCUCAACCAGACUACGGGCAAACUACCCAGCCCGCUCACCCUCCCUACCCUUACCCGUAUUACAUCCCUGGAGCUGUUAUGAUGCCGUUCCCGAUCGGACCGCCUCCACCCCCAGAUCCGAGCAACCCUACCUACAUAACCAACAUCAUCUAUCAAGGAGAAACUUCCAACCCGCCGACAACAGAACAAGUCCAAAUAUCCGAAACAUCAGGAGACUACGACUGGGUACCCACAACUUCGACAACUGCGAACAGUUUGACUGGCAAAGCAGUCAUCGGAGGUCACGAAGGUUGGGACGGCAGUCCUCUAUGGGUAAUCAGAGCUUGGCACAAUGGAGACCUCAUACCAGGAAAGCUAUCAGUGAGACAUAACGCUGCAUCUAUAAUGUUUAACGGCAAAGAGAUACCAGUUCAAAAAAUCGAUGUUUUAUGCGCAAGACCGGAUAGUUUAAGAUGGGUUCCAGCAUCCAAUGGCAGCGUUCCGCCAGGUGCCAUAAACGGUGGACAUACUUCUUCUGGUGAAACGUUAUAUGUGGGACGAGCUAGGCAUCAACUGUCCGUGACACCUGGUAAGGUACACCCGAGUCACAACUGCUGUUAUAUAGGAUUCGGAGGCGCGGAAGUCUCGCACAAGAUGUAUGACGUACUUUGCCGUGUAAGUUAAAUUGCUUCGGAACUACGUAAAUUAACUCGUUAAGUUUCAAGUUUGCCGAGGGUUGGAAUAAGUUGUGAAGUACGUGUUGGUUCUACGUGUUUUUAGUUUAUUUCUCGAUCUGUUUUACUAGCACGUGUAAAUAUGUGAUCAGGGAUGUACACCAAUAGGGAUGGACAAAAAUUCUAUGCCACACUUCACAGGUUUUUAACUGGUAGUUAAUUCUAUUACCGGAGUGGUGAAAUAAGUAGUAUUGUGAUGUGCGAAAUUAAUUUUUCACAACUCUUGCUCAAGAACACUGUCAUAUUACUACUCCACGGCGAGGCUAAACAAGCAUUUCAGCUUCUAGGGGCUAAAGUAAUUUUUUAAAGAGUUGCGAGCUGCGUCUGCAAAAAGAAUUUUAUCAUUGAAUACUGUACUGAAUGAUUUAUUUUCUCGUAAUCGUAGUGAAAAGUAUAAUGUUGCGCCUGGGGCUAAACCCAUUAUAAACUCGUCUCAAUUUAGUGGCCCUUGCCUUACGGCUCGUAUUGCCCCUAAAAAUACCUCGUAUACCUAUAAUGAGUCUUUUUAGCCCCUUGUAUAACAAUCUACUAUUCCUUUCUUUCUUCCAAAAAGAAUACUGUUUCAUUUGUUUGUCUUGUGAAUCAGGAAUUUGUGAUACCUGACUCUAUCAAAUUCUGUUUUCAUCUCUUUUUGGACUUUGUUUAACGAUUUAUAAAUAUAAUACUAAUGGUGAUAUUGUCUGUAUGUGUUCUAAUAAUACGAACGAGUAUCAAGUCACGUGAUAUAUCUGGAUAUACCCUUGGACGUAAAUUGUCGUUUAGAUAAAAAUGUUUAGCCUAAAAUUAAUUGAUGUUAAUGUGUAUUGUCAUUAAAGUGUGCCUAACAAGAUAUUUUUAA